AUGAUUCCUCACAGGAGUACAGCCCUCCUGUCUGUAAUUGUUUUCGUCGCGCUUUUGCUUUUCAUUUUCUCGUCCUCUCCGGUCCCUGAUGCUGGCGAGGAAUCAGCCACAGGCCCGGCCAAGUUUGUGCCCACACCAAAACUACCUUCACUAAGCAACUUCCACCUGCCCUCGUUCCGCCCUCCCUCCCACGAGCAGCCCGAGGAACAGGACAACAGCACCCACGGCGAAUCAAAAUGGUACAGCACCCUCGAAUGGUUGAACCCAUUCUCCUCUGCCAUCACAUUGGAUGAGAAUCGCUCCGUCCUCCCUCCCCUUCGCGAACGUCGAUCGAUCUACACAUACUACGAUGCGAAAUAUAACCCCAACAAAGCCAAUGGCAAGGAUCUCAAGGACUUGCAGAAUGCCGAUGCGGAAUUGCUUCUCGCGUGGCGUCGGGCAUGGUUUGCGCAAGGAUUCAAGCCCGUGGUAUUGACUCCGGGCGAUGCGAUGAAAAACCCCAACUAUGAAGUUGUUCAGAAGUGGAAACUCGCGCCUAAAACACAGAAUGAGGUGUUCGCCUGGCUUGCGUGGGGGCACAUGGGCACCGGCUUGCUUGCGGACUUCCACUGCUUCCCCAUGGCGCGUUAUGACGAUCCCAUGCUCUCGUAUCUUCGCCGGGGGAGUGUCCCAGAGUCAAUUACCCGAUUUGAAAACCUCAAGAAUGGCCUAUACGCGGCGGACAAGUCGCGGAUCGAUGCAGCCGUUCAGAGCGCAGUUCUGAAGCUCGAUGAUAAAACCCAGUCCUUUAUUGAUCUCAUUGAACCGGAAUCAUUCAAGGUUGAGCCGCCGAGCGCUUUGGCAUUUUAUAAAUCUGCAGCCAUCACCUCUCGCUACUCUACCGUGCAUGAAAAGAUGACCCAGAACCCUGCGAGUGGUCAGCUGGCUCUUGUCCAACUGAUAAACUCCCACCUGCACAAUCACUUCCAUAGCUCCUUCCCCGCUGGACUGGCCGUGCUGAAACCGUUCCCUCAGCACACUACCGCGCUGGUGGAACCUGCCCUUCGGCUGGCAAAGGCUCUUAUUCAGUGCCCCGAGUCGCCCAUUCCCGACUCUUGUCCACCUAAUGAACCCGAAUGCCGCCCAUGCGGGUUUGGGUCUGCAAAGCAACCCAUGCGUAUCAGCCAGCCUUCGACCUAUAAAAACACCACCUUCUUGUUUACGAUUGGCACCCUUCCUCACCCCUACACUCUUAUUAGCCUGCAGAAGAACUCGGAAGAUAUCACUACACCACAAGUUCGCCGGGAGACCGAGCGCGACGCAUGGUUGUCUGAGGUGACCAAGGAACACCUUGGGCCCGAAUUGGGUUCUUCAUACCGGGGAGUGAUCUUCAAGCAGGUUGUCGCAGGCGAAGACGCUGUCGGAACUUCUUUGUGGAUGACAGUGGAAUCUCUCCCUGCCCAGGCAGGCCAGAGUCUCCCCUCAGAGCUCUUGGACGAGUUUGAAUGGCAGUUUGGUUUCAAGAUCCCUCGUGGGAGUAAGAUUGAUCCCGCAACUGAGAACGACAAAGACUCCGCCAAGAGCGCUCAGGAUCGCACGCCAAGCGAACAAGGAGUCGGCAAAGAAUACGAACUCAUCCAGAAGGCUCGCGAGGUAAUUAAGACCAAGGAAACGAACCGCAUCAACAUCAAGGAUGUUGUUGAGGCUUGGAACCUUGCAGACACAGAGGUUUGGCGUUUUGUUAAGGCCUAUCGGGCUCGAAGCGUUGUUGAACGCCAGAAGUGGGAAGAGCAAGAGAAACCUUUUGCUGGCUCGAGGCCAUGA